CUCCGGGGGGGGGAGGGGUCAGUUUGCGCUCGGCGGAGGGAGCGCGGGGAGGGUGCAGGUGACCCCGUGUGACCCCGGCAGGAUGCCCCUGGCCCGCAGUGUGUCUGUGAGUUCCCUACCAGGGUUAGAGGAUUGGGGGGGUCCUGGAGCCCCCGAAAACGUCGUCUUGUUCGAGGUGGCCUGGGAGGUGGCCAACAAGGUGGGCGGUAUCUACACGGUGCUGCAGACCAAGGCUCGGGUGACAGCAGAUGAAUGGGGUGAGAGCUACAUCCUGGUGGGUCCAUAUGUGGAGAGCAGCGUCCGGACACAGGUGGAGCUGCUGGAGCCGCCGCAGCCGGCGCUGCGCAGGACCCUGGCGGCCAUGAACGCGCAGGGGUGCAAGGUGCACUUCGGGCGCUGGCUGAUCGAGGGCAGUCCUGCUGUGGUGCUGCUGGAUGUGGGAGCCACAGCCUGGAGCCUGGAGCGCUGGAAGGGGGAGCUCUGGGACAGCUGCUCCAUUGGGGUCCCCUGGUAUGACCGCGAGGCCAAUGAUGCUGUUCUCUUUGGGUUCCUUGUGGCCUGGUUCCUGGGAGAGUUCGCAGCCCAGAGCGAGGACCCCCCCUUCAUCGUGGGUCACUUCCACGAGUGGCUCUCGGGGUUGGGGCUGGUCCUGAGCAGAGCCAGGAGACUCCCAGUGGCCACAAUCUUCACCACUCAUGCGACCCUAUUGGGGAGGUACCUGUGUGCUGGGAGCGUGGACUUCUAUAACAACCUGCAGAGCUUUGACGUGGACAAGGAGGCCGGCGAGCGGCAGAUCUAUCACCGGUACUGCCUGGAGCGCGCGGCCGCUCACUGUGCUCACGUGCUCACCACCGUGUCCCACGUGACCGCGGCCGAGGCCGAGCACCUGCUCAAGCGCAAGCCUGAUCUGGUGACCCCCAACGGGCUCAACGUGCGCAAGUUCUCAGCCAUGCACGAGUUCCAGAACCUGCAUGCACAGAGCAAGGCCAGAGUGCAGGAGUUCGUGCGGGGACACUUCUAUGGGCACCUGGACUUCGAUCUGGACAAGACUCUUUUCUUCUUCAUCGCUGGACGUUAUGAGUUCUCCAACAAAGGAGCUGAUGUGUUCCUGGAGGCUCUGGCCAGGCUCAACUACCUGCUCAGGGUGAACGGCAGCGAGGUGACGGUUGUAGCUUUCUUCAUCAUGCCGGCGAGAACCAACAACUUCAAUGUGGAGUCACUGAAGGGGCAGGCGGUGCGGAAACAGCUGUGGGACACGGCCAAUGCUGUCAAGGAGAAGUUUGGGAAGAAGCUCUAUGAGUCUCUGCUGGUUGGGAACCUCCCGGACAUGAACAAGAUGCUGGACAGGGAGGACUUCACCAUGAUGAAACGUGCCAUAUUUGCCACACAGCGUCAGUCCUUCCCCCCCGUGUGCACACACAACAUGCUGGACGAUGCCACUGAUCCCAUCCUGACCACGAUCCGGCGCAUUGGGCUCUUCAACAGCAGCAACGACAGGGUCAAGAUCAUCUUCCACCCUGAGUUCCUGUCCUCCACCAGUCCCCUCCUGCCUGUGGACUAUGAGGAGUUCGUCAGGGGCUGCCACUUGGGGGUCUUCCCAUCCUACUAUGAGCCCUGGGGCUACACCCCCGCUGAGUGCACGGUCAUGGGCAUCCCCAGUGUCUCCACCAACCUCUCUGGGUUCGGGUGCUUCAUGGAGGAGCACAUCGCAGACCCCUCGGCCUAUGGUAUCUACAUCGUGGACCGCCGGUUCCGCGCCCCAGAGGAGUCCUGUGCUCAGCUGACCUCGUUCCUAUAUGGGUUCUGCCAGCAGAGCAGGAGGCAGCGCAUUGUACAGCGGAACCGGACCGAGCGCCUGUCCGACCUGCUGGACUGGAAGUACCUGGGACGGUAUUACACCUUCGCUCGCCGCAUGGCUCUGGCCAAAGCCUUUCCUGAGAACUUCACCUAUGAGCCCCCUGAGGCUGCAGCUGGUUUCCGGUACCCUCGCCCGGCCUCGGUGCCCCCGUCCCCGUCCCUGUCCCGUCUCUCCAGCCCCAGGCACAGUGAUGAAGAGGAUGAACGUUAUGAUGAGGAGGAAGAGGCAGCCAAGGACAGAGCCAACAUCCGGCGCCCCCCGAGCCCCCCGGGGCUGCCCACCCGGAACUGACCCCCCCCCUCCUGCCGCACAUGGUACAGCCCAACCCAAGUGUGGCUCAAUACAUGGAUCCUACCAUUACCCUGGGGGGGGGGUUUGGGGUGUACCCACCUCUGUCUGCCCCACAGCACUCAGGCUCAGCCCCAUAGAUAUAAAGGGGGUUUGGGGUGUCCUCUAUCCCCCCCCUCCAUCACCUCAAUGCCUUCACAGUGCCUGGGCUCAGCCCCACAGCAGAAUGGGGAGCCCCAUAUCCCAAAGAGGGGGGGGGAUAUGGGGCAGCCCCAUAUACACACACUCCACCCCACAAGUGUGGGUCCGGGGGGGACCCCACAUCCGUCCGUCCCCCCCCGGCACAUGGAUAAUAAAGGUGCUUCACACCCA